AUGAUUUGGUCUACCAAUGCCACAGUUGCAUCAGAUAAUUCCACUGCUGUUUUAAUGGAUACUGGUGAUCUUGUUCUGUUUGGGAGUCAUGCGAGUGGUGAUCCAAAUAAAGCUUUAUGGAAGAGUUUUGAUCAUCCAACAGACACAUUUUUACCCGAUAUGCGAGUUUACACGAAUAUCAGUGAAGGAGAGAGGCACGUUUUCACUUCGUGGAGAAGUGCUAGUGAUCCGAGUGUUGGAAAGUACUCAUUAGGACUUGAUCCUCGUGGAUCACCUCAGAUUGUGAUAUGGGAAGGGACUAGUCGGAAAUGGAGAAGUGGGAAUUGGAAUGGACUAAUAUUUGUUGGUGUUCCUGGGAUGAGGGCUAUAUAUUUGUAUGGAUUUAAGCUAAUCGCUGAGGGUGAUGGAAGGUUUUACUUUACCUACACUCCCUCAAACAGUACUGAUUUGAUAAAGUUUUGGAUUCGAUGGGAUGGAACCGAAAGGCAAGAAAGAUGGAAUGAAGGCCUCGAGAAAUGGGAUUUGAUACAGUCACACCCUGUUGAUGAAGAAUGUGAUCAGUACAACAAAUGUGGACCUUUCGGAAAAUGUGAUAUGAAGAAUAGGCCAGUUUGUAGUUGUAUUCAAGGGUUUGUACCACAAGAUUUGGAUCAAUGGAGUAGAGAGAAUUGGUCAGGUGGAUGCACAAGGAGGAAAAAAUUGGAGUGUUUAUCUGAGGUGAAAAGAGAUGGUUUUUUCAAGGCCGAACAAGUGAAAUUGCCUGAUUUUGUGGAUUAUGUGGGAUCAGAAGAUGUUAAGCAGUGUGAAAAUAAGUGUUUGGAGAAUUGUUCUUGCACUGCAUAUGCUUUUGUCAGUGGCAUAAACUGCAUGAUAUGGAGUCGGGAAUUGGUUGACAUCGAACAAUUUGUCGAAGGCGGAAGCACUCUCUUUGUUCGUCUUGACCGUUCUGAAUUAGGCGGCAACGGUAAGGUGACGAAAAUUGUUAUCGUAGCAGUUGUUUUGGUGGGAAUCAUCUGUCUAAGUGCUUCAAUCUGGCUAUGCAGGCACAAAAUGAGAUUUGGAGAUCGUUUAAACAAGAGGAACAAUGAAAUUCCUAAAGUCAGUCCAAGUGGGGAAUUUUCCAGCGAAUUUUCAGGACCUGUUGAUCUUAGUGUUGAAGGGCAGCCAGGAACUGGAACUGAAUUAGCAUUGUUCAACUUCUCGUGUGUGGCAGUGGCUACAAACAACUUCUCGGAUGAGAAUAAACUCGGACAAGGAGGAUUUGGACAUGUUUACAAGGGUAUGCUGCCGGGGAAUCAAGAAAUUGCUGUAAAGAGGCUCUCCAGAAAAUCAAGUCAAGGAGAAGAAAAAAUGAUAAUUUACGAAUACAUGCCUAACAAAAGCUUGGAUUCGUUUCUUUUUGAUCCUGCUAAGAAAGCCCAGUUCGACUGGAGGAAACGCUUUGCUAUUAUUGAAGAAAUGAACCCAAAGAUUUCGGAUUUUGGCAUGGCCAGAAUAUUUGGAGGGAAUCAAAAUGAAGCGAAUACAAACAGGGUCGUGGGCACAUAUGGUUACAUGGCGCCCGAAUAUGCAAUGGAAGGCCUCUUUUCUGUGAAGUCGGAUGUUUACAGCUUCGGAGUAUUGCUAUUAGAGAUAGUAUCUGGCCGAAGGAACACUAGCUUUCGCUCAACUGAUUACUCAAACAUUAUUGGAUAUGCAUGGGAUCUUUGGGAUGGAGGCCGAGCAAUUGAGCUAGUCGAUCCUUCCAUCGUAAACUUGUGUAACCGAAAAGAAGUGCUUCGAUGCAUACAUGUAGGCAUGCUGUGUGUUCAAGACACGGCGAGUCACAGACCAAACAUGCCGGCCGUUGUAUUGAUGUUGGAGAGUGAGAAUGCAACUUUUCCUAUGCCAAGACAACCUACUUUUACUUCAAUGAGACAUUCUGGGAUUGGGAAUGCAGAUAUGUGGAAUGGAAAUCAUGAUGUAUCUUCAAACAAUGUAACUAUUAGUGUCAUUCUUGACGGAAGCCAUUCUGAGGGAGCUGGAGGAGAAGUCUGGGACCUCCAGCCCAGUGAAUCUCCUCCUGCUUGGCAGCGGGAUACUCGCCGUCAGCAAGCUCAAGCUACCCAUCAGUUACCGUUCUCCAAACUAGAUAUAUACUGUAAUAUUGUCUGA